UUACAAUUACAAAACACUCAGUUUGCCUUAAACAGGAGGCUGCAAUCCAGCCCAUCCCUGUAGCUCUGCAGACUGGCCCAUCCUGGAGCUUGUUCUCACAGCAUGGGCCUGCUCCUGCCCUGGGUGCUCCUUGCCCUGGCUGCUUGCAGCCACGCUGCUGACCCCUCUGCCCUUGUCUCCCGGGGCUGCAAUGACUCAGAUGUGCUGGCAGUUGCAGGCUUUGCCCUGCAGGAUAUCAACAGGGACCGCAAGGAUGGCUACGUGCUGAGCCUCAACCGAGUGAGCGAUGUUUGGGAACACAUGCAGGAGGGUCUGGGAGCUGUGUACUACCUCACACUGGAUGUGUUAGAGACAGACUGCCAUGUGCUCAGCAAGAAGCCCUGGAAGGAGUGUGGGGGGAGGUUCCUGCAUGAAUUGGUUUAUGGUCAAUGCAAAGCAAUAUUUUAUAAGAACAAGCCACAAAGAAUUCUCUACACACCUGCCUAUAACUGUACUCUUCGCCCAGUUUCUCGAAGAAAGAUUCACGAUACGUGCCCAGACUGCCCUAGCCCCAGCUCCAGUGAUUUGUCAGAUCCCAGGGUUUUGGAAGCUGUCACUGAGUCUCUUGCAGAAUACAACAAGAAAACCACAAAGCAGUACUCUCUCGUCAAAAUAACCAGAUCUUCUAGCCAGUGGGUGUUUGGCCCUGCUUACUUUGUGGAAUAUUUAAUCAAAGAGUCACCAUGUACCACAUCCGAGGCCAGCAGCUGCUCUCUUCUGCCUUCUGAUUCUGCGCCCGUUGGUAUUUGCAAAGGGUCUCUGAGUCAGAGAGGCACAGAAAAGUUCAUCACAGUGGAAUGCAAAUUCUUUGAAUCACAGGCUCCUGGAGAUGAUAAAUCUGCAGACAAACAGGGACCUGAGAACCUCCCCAAGGUGGAAGAUCCCCAGCAGAAAAAGCAAGUUCCCACCGACUCACCCUCAGAAGCUGUGCCAAAAGGGUCUGUCCAAUACCUCCCUGACCUGGAUGAUGAGAAGCCUGAAGAGUCCCAGCAAAAGGUUCCCCCAGAGGCCUUCCCUGUGCAGCUGGACCUCACUACCAAUCCCCAGGGAGAACCCCUGGAUGUCUCCUUCCUCUUCAUUGGGCCUGAAAAGAAGACGCUGCUUGUCCUGCCUUUCCCCAAAGGAAAACAACACUCUGCUGAGUGCCCAGGACCCGCCCGGGAAGACAACCCUCUUGUGCUCCCACCAUGAGCAUCACAUAGAGGAUUCCUUGGGCAGAGGAGCCCUGCAGAGAUGAGAAGGGGUGAGGAAGGGGCAGAGGCAAAGAGUUCACGUGCACAUAGUGGCUAAUAAAGUUUGUCUCUUUGUCUCUC